AUGCCGACUAUAGUUGAAGGUAUUCUUCUUUGUUUUGCAACAAGUGCGUCAGUGCUAGGAGUCCUAGUGAAUGGGUUUAUCCUGCAUAAAACCUGCAUUGACUAUGUCAGGCAGAAGUGCUCCAAGAUCAGGUUCAUUCUCACAGGCUUGGCUAUUUCCAGAAUCUGUGUCCUAGGUGUACUCAUUGUUGAUGGAUAUUUAAAAUUAUUUUCUCCACAUAUGGUUGCCUCUGACACCCACAUUACAUGUGUUACUUAUCUGUGGAUAAUUAUCAAUCACAUAAGUACAUGGUUUGCCACCAGCCUCAACCUCUUCUAUCUGCUGAAGAUAGCAAAUUUUUCUCACUACAUCUUUCUCUUCUUGAAGAGAAGAAUUAAUACGAUGUUUAUCCUUCUUCUGGGAUGCUUGUUUAUAUCAUGGUCAAUUUCUUUUCCACAAAUAAUGAAGAUGUUUAAUGAUAACACGCAACGCAGAAAUACAUCCUGGAGGCUUCAUCUUCUUAAAAGUGAGUUCCUUAUAAACCAUAUUGGUGUCAAUCUGGGAAUCUUUUUCUUCUUUAUGAUGACUAUCAUUAUAUGUUUCCUAAUAAUUAUUUCAAUUUGGAGGCACAACAAGCAGAUGAAGUUGAAUGUCUCAGGAUUCAAUAACACAGAAGUUCAUGUGAAAGCCAUGAAAGUUUUAAUUUCUUUUAUUAUCCUGUUUAUCUUGCAUUUCAUAGGUGUUUUCAUAGAAACUCUGGGCUUUUUCAGAUCAGGAAAUAAAUUGCUGCCUGCUUUGGGUUUGGCAAUUGCAUGCAUAUAUCCUUGCUGUCACUCAUUCAUCCUAAUUCUAGCAAAUAGCCAGCUGAAGCAAGCAUCUUUGAGGGCACUGAACCAAUUAAAGUGCUGUGGGAAAGGCACGGAUGUCAAAACAACAUGGCAGACUUAG